UGGACUUUGCACAGGAGGAGGAAACCCUGACAUUCCUGAAAAUGGCAGCUGAGACAUCCAACGACGUUCCAAAAACUGCUAAACAAUUCGUCCUCAAAGAAGAGGUAAUUGUAGAAGGAAAAUGGUUGAAGCUUGAACAAACAACUUAUACGGAUCCCUUUGGUAAACACAGAAUUUGGGAAACUGUAAAACGCACUGGCAACAAAAAGGGUGUUUCAGCUGAUGGUGUAGCAGUAUUAGCGGUACUACAGAGAACUCUCCACUACGACUGCAUCGUCCUAGUGAAACAGUUCAGGCCUCCAAUUAAUGGCUAUUGCUUGGAAUUUCCUGCAGGGCUCAUUGAGGAAAAUGAGACUGCAGAAAGAGCCGCGUUGCGAGAGUUGGAGGAAGAAACUGGGUACAAGGGGGAAGUCGUUGAAUGUACUCCAGCUCUCUGCUUGGACCCAGGUGUGUCAAACAGCACAACACACAUUGUGAGUGUCACCAUUAACGGAGAUGACCCUGCAAAUACAAGACCUAAGCAAAAACUUGAUGAUGGAGAAUUUGUGGAAGUUAUUUCACUUCCAAAGAACGAUUUACUGCAAAGAAUUGAUGAACUCGUAGCAGAAGAACACAUUGCAGUGGAUGCUAGGGUUUAUACUUACGCAUUGGCCCUGAAGCAUGCAGCAGAAAAACCGCUCCAGGUUCCUUUUAUGAAGUUCUAAAACUGGACGAUGAGAAAUGUAGUUGAAAACUGCCCAGUUCAGAUCGCUUAGAAGUACAACUCUUCUUGUAGUAAAGGUCCUUUGUUUUACUUGUAGAGCAAAAAAAAAGGUAUUUGUAGGAAUCAUUGUGAUAUUUUUAUCUGGAAUUAUGUAGCUGACAAAAAGCAUUCCUUCUAACUUCUCGGUCUAUUAAGCCUUAACAGAAUAAUCAUAAUAAAAAUGCUGUUUAAUUUUCAGAA